UUCUUCUUCUCUCUCUCGCUCUCUCUCUCUAUCGCUCUCUCUCUCUCUAUAUAUAUAUAUCGCUCUCUCUAUCUUAUCUGGUCUCUUCUUUUCACCUUGCCCUACUAAAAUUCACCAUUUUCAAAAGCUCUUGAAAGGGUUAUCUUGUUUCACUGGUGUGGGCUGGUUGCUAAAUGAAAUAUUCAAGUCUGAGGGACUGAGUUUGUGAGCCAUUUCCAGGAGGGUCACCGGCAGACCAGCAGACUCACUGAGGCCCUUGUCUUGUCUUUCCUCUGGCUCCAGUUCUCAUGGGUCUAAGUGGAGGAGCUGUGACCAGCAGACAGUGAGAGCAGUCAGGCAGGGCAAGGUUAAGCAUCAAGCUUGGCUUGGGGCCAGUGCCUGGGUGUUUCUCCCUUUGGGCUGCCUUACAUUGUUAAUCAUGGGAGAACUGGCGUUCCAGUACAACAGUUUCCUUCCUGAUAAAGAGAAAGAACAGAAAGAAAAGAAGUUCUGUUAGAUACUGAGUGAGAUCUCUUUCUCUGUGUGUGUGUGUGUGUGUGUGUGUGUAGGAUAGAGAGAUGGUGGUAGUGAAACUGUGAGGGUGAUGGAGAAGAGAUGUGGUUAUCUGUUUCCGAUGGGUGUGUUAAGAACUAUUAAAAAGUGAGUAAGCGCAUGCUUCUCUGCGUGCGUCUGCGUGUGCGCCUCCCUUCGCUAAAACGGAUUUGACCCGCUGGAAUUUCCAGCAGUAAGGAAGAAGUGUGACAUUCAGUUAUAGCUCACAGAAAACCCUGGUCUGGAUUUCGGGCCAGGGCCAGAGACGGGCCAAAGGCAGUGUAACGGCGAGGGUGUUGACGCAGUGUCCAGUCAGCUGACAGCGGUGGGAAAGUCAUCUCAGAGACGUUGGUGACGACGGCACCAUCUUUGAAGCCGCGCCGUGGAACAACAGGAAGGGACGUGUCGGAAGGGAUUUGUGUAGAAUAAAACAGCGUGUGCACAUUUUCGUGUUGGACUGCAUUGUUUGUGGAAGUGUUGUUGCACCGCCAGGGCAAUUGAACUUUAGACCUUCGGAGUUGGUCGGAUUCUGAAAACAGCAAAACCCCUUCCCCUGCUGUUGGAAACUGAGAAAAACUCCAAGCUCCUUUUGUCUGUCUGUCCUGCUGUCUCUAUCCUUAAAGUUCUCUGACCUACCUGCUUGCUGGUCUCGCUCCUCUCUGUAGUUCCUCUCUUCCUUUCCUUUCUUUGGCCCGUGUUGUUUUUCUCCCUCUCUGACUCUCUCUCUCCCUCUCUUUCUCUCUCUCGCUCCCCCUCUCUUCUCGCUCACCCUGUUGCAAGACCUCGCUCUCUGCUGCCCCGGAGGGAAGGUUCCGGAGAUGUCAGCCAAGGCCCCCAUCUACCUAAAGCGCCGCAGCCGCAAGGGCAAGAAGGAGAAGCUGCGUGACCUCCUCUCCUCCGACAUGAUCAGCCCUCCGCUCGGAGACUUCCGCCACACCAUCCACAUCGGCAGUGGAGGCGGCGCCGAUGACCUCUUCGGUGACCUCUCUUUCCUGCAGGGCAAGUUCCACCUGUUGCCCGGGCAACAGGGCCGCCACGCCCUGUCGCAGUACGCCGCGGGCGGCGACGAGUUCCAGUUCAGCCGCACGUCCAGCGUGAGCGGGCACCUGCCGUCGUCUGAGAGCUCACCGCUGCUCAAGAACGCGCUGUCCCUCCCGGUCAUCGGCAGUGUGCAGGCACUCACUCUACCCGCCACUGUCUCCACCGCACCCCAGCCCCCUUCAUCACCCCCACAGACCGCACCCCACUCCCCUCCUCUGCCCAACCAGGCCCCACCACCCAAGCCUCCCAGACUGCACUUGGAGGACCGCGCCCUGACGUCGUCGCCUCCGCCCCGCCCCACGCUGGCGUCCCCGGAGCGGACCACGUCCUCGCGCUUCAGCCCGACACGCUCCAUCGAGGACGAGAGCUUCCCCGGUACCCCCGAGGAGGACACGGGGCUCCAGGACAGGCCGUACCUGUCCCACGCUGGCUCCCUGCUGUCCCUGCACCUGGACCUGGGGCCAUCCAUCCUGGACGAGGUGCUCCAGAUCAUGGACAGCCAGCACCUGGGGGGGCUCAAUGGAGGCUGUAUGUCGGGGGGCAGGCAGGAGAUCUACACCUGAAGACAAUAUCCUCCACCCCCCAUCUCACCCUUAACAAAAACACUUCCACACCUCCACCCCAUUCCCUUUAACUCAAUGGACUGCUGCAGCCACCCAAACCCCUUCAGUGCUCUCCUCCCACUCUCUCACCACACACACACACACACACACACACACACACACACACACACACACAAACACGCACACACGUGUUGUGUCCCAGCACUCCUCCACUCUAUCGAUAUAUCCAUCAGUCUUCCCCAUGGAAAGUAUGUCCGAAGUGUUUUACAGUCUCCUAUUCAAACUCUGGCCUGCUGAAACACUUGGAUUGAUGUGAGCAUUAGUGUUUUUGUGCUCGCUCUCUCUCUCUUUCUCUCAGAGGAGGAGAGAAUAGCGAGAGAAGCAGCUUUCCCAACUGCUGCUUAUUAUAUUUCAGAGUGAUUUAUUUUCUUUCUUUUUUUGUCUCUCUCUUCUAUGUUUUUUCAAUGAGACUCUUCUGCUGACCUCUACACGCUGUGAAAGAAAAGACCCUAAAACAGCUGAGCUCCAACAUGGCUGAGCUUCAUGUCCUCCUUGCGCCCAGCGUCUCUGUAUUUCUAUUCCUUAUUAAACAGAAUGGACUGCUGGUCAGACUGGUGAAACAUGAACUUGAUAAGAAUUGUGUGUGGGUAUACUGAACUGACUUUUUAGACAUGUUUUUUUCCUUUAUACCUUGUAUAGCAAAACCCCUCUGACUUUUCGAGAACGUUUUCAGUCCUGGAGGCAAUCUGCGGUCUACAACCUUGGCCCGGAUUCCUCAGCACAAAAACCUCUUUUCUUUUUUCUCUCUCUCUCUCUCUCUCUCUCUCUCUUUUUCUCGAAAGAGAAAAUGCACAGCGGGAACAGUUGACCUUUUCCGAGUGGAGUGAUGACUUCAUCCUGAGUGUUGCGAGUGAGCCGGUGUGUGUGCGGACCCCCUCCCAGUCCCUCCGGGUGUCUCAGUCCAACACUGCAGUGUUUUUUUUUUUUACACAGAGCAAAGAAAAAAACACCAAGCUCCACGCACUGCACUAUUCUGAUACAUUUUUACUGGAGUUGAAAAAAUACGUAUUCGACCAAAUCAGAGUGAGUCUGAAACCUCCAUUGAGUGAGACAGCCCUCUUUAAAAAGCAGAUUGUUUUUGGUUGUUAGUCUGUUCAGUUUUCUGAGGCCUGACUUUUGGAUAGUUGAGGGUGGAGGGGGGCCCUUCAGGGUUGUCUGAGUUUGCGCUGUUCUCUCCUGGGUGUGUUUUGGGAGCUGCAGCUGUGCCGCUGCCCUCUCCCCUUCUCUCUGUCUGUCUCUGGUCGAGGUCCAAGGGAGCAUGGAAGUUGCGCUAGUGUGUUAGCACUGGCCGGCCACCUGCACCUACCUCUUCAGGGGCCUCAUCUCUUGUCAUGGUGGUUGGAAGAGCCACGGGUUUCAUGGACAUGUGGUUGAACUAAGGAGAAUCACAACAAAUGUGAAAGGAAAAAAAAAAAAUCUUUCUGAGAAUUGACGUUAAUGAGCAUUAUGUAAGCGCAAUAAAGUUUGCUGUAGAGCAAAACACACAUUAAGCUUUAUGUUUGCAGUUAUGAUGGUUUUGAGAAUAGAAGGUAGAUCCACAUUCACAGAGAAAGUUCAUGCUGUUUUACAGUUCUUGCAUUGAUAUUGUUUGUAUUUUGCCUUCUUUGAUUUUAAUGUGAAUUGUUUUUACCAUAGGGGUCCGUGGAAUUUUAAGUAGACCAAGAAGAGAGGAUUUUUUUUAACUAAGCAUGGGUACUUUGCACUUCAAUUUCUGUAAUAUAUAAACGUUGAAUGUACAGUAUACAUAGACACUAAUGGUAGAUUAUCAGACAAGCUUAAUGAAAUGAAACAGCACAAGAACUUUCCAUUUAAGCAGGACCAAUGGAGCAACAUUAGAAAGGUUAUUAAUCAAAACCACUUUGUCUCGAAAUUCACUGACAUUAAUCUCUGCCAAUCCACAAAUAUAGACAAAUCCUAAAAAUAAGACUUCUUGUCCUGAUACACAUUGACACAUGGUCCUGACAUUAUGUAUAACCACUAAUUUCACCUUAUACCACUGUAAUUUAUACAUAUAUUUGCUCUCAUUAAUCAUCAUGUCUAAUAUUUCAACACUUGAGGUGCUUUAACAUAACUGUUAAAGAGGUAUAUUUGCAUCACGUGCGGUGCAAUCUGACAGCAUAUUGUUUUGAAGGAGAUGUUCAGCUGUACUCUAUUUGAAUGUGACUUAGUAGUCACACAGAUAAGCUGUGUAUGUGUAUAAAUAGCUACUUGUCAGGAUAACAGUGCAUGUCACCUCAUAUGCUGAGAACACGAUUAGAUGCGGGAAGUUAAAGUUCUGGAGUUUUGUGAUAUCAUUUUUGUGUGGGUGUGUGUGCGCGUGUGUGUGCGUGUGUGUGUGCGCGCGUGUGUGUAUGUGUGCGUGGCUGACAUGUUAGAUAAGGUCUGUGCUGCUGGCAGAGCUCUCACUCCUGGCUCUCUCACACUGUCCACUCAGCCUGGUGUACUAGUUCAAUGAGAGGUGCCUGGGAUUUGAAUGAGAACUUCAGUGCGUCUCCUUAACCUCCUCCUCUUCCAUUGGAGCCAGUGGUGCCUAUGAAGUCUUACAUUUAUCAAGUGGGAAUAGACACUCAUCAUUAACUGUCACCGUGACUACACUACUUUCCUGUCUUGAUCUCAACAACACUAAAUAGAGUAUCAUCAAUAUAGACAGGACAUUACAACCCUAACAUGGAUAAAUAUGUCUGUGUAUGUGGCUUUUCCUGGCUUAAUCUCAAUGGACAGACACAAAAUAUCACUAAGUCUGAUCACUUUAAAUGCUAACGGUGGUUCUGUUUCAACUGGAAGGCCACUUUACACAGCUAUGAAUAUGGAUGCAUUCACAGGAAACUUUGUAACAUUUCAGUGUAUUUUUCUACACUAUUCUGGACAUCAAGAUGGACACAAUCUUGCUGCUGCUGUGAUGACUAGUUAUGGUGUUACAUGCUGGGAUCGUUUGUGCACUUGGGUGAAAGGUGAAAUAUAUGUUGACUCCUAGCUGUACAUGAUUAUAAAUAAAUGUUCUUUUUUGUGUAGAAA